GAGUUCUGCAUUCUUCCCGCCAAUGAUCUGUCAAAAUAGCACGUAUUUGGGUUUGGGAUAAGUUGAUACUGGGGUUUAUGUUUUCUUUUAUUAGUGUUUAAUUACUAUAUUAUCUAACAUACAAUCAUGUCGAAACCCGAGGAAAGUGAGGAAAAUUGGAUAUCUGCGUUAGACAAUCUGUGUUCUCAGUUAAAUGUUGACCCUGCUGCAGCAGAAAAGUCGAAAAAAUCAUUUUUAGAAAUCAAACGUAAUUAUACUUUAGAUGGGGAUAUACAACAUUGGAUGGCGUGUGCAUUAUAUGUAGCCUGCAGGACAUCAAUCACGCCAACUGUGCAAUCUGGCAAGGUCGUGGAAGGCAACUGCGUUAGCCUGACUCGUCUGCUUAGGCUCUGUAACAUAAGUCUUAUACAAUUUUUUAACAAAAUCAAAAACUGGAUGGAAAUGUCUUUAAUGUCUACAGACUUUAAAGACAGAAUAACAAGAUUGGAGCAUAAAUUUGCAGUUUCAACUGUACUUUUUCGUAAAUUUCUUCCUAUUUUUCAAGAAAUAUUUUCCGGUUUAACAAGUGAACCAACAAAAUGCAACUCAAAGAGUAAAAAACAAAAAUUGCAACCAUGUACAACAAAUGCCUUAUUUGAAUUCUCUUGGUGUUUAUAUGUUUGUGUUAAAGGAGAGUUUCACAACUCAGCAGAUGAUCUAGUGGACAUGUACCAUGUAUUAUUGUCAUGUUUAGAUUUUGUAUUCGGCAAUGCAUUCAUGUCUAGACGAAUUGAUUUGAUAAAUCCUGCUUUUAAAGGUUUACCGCCUGACUGGAUGAAAGAUGACUUUGAACUUCCUAAAAAAGCACCAUGCAUUAUAUCAGUACUCUGUGAGAUUAAUGAGGGGCUGGCAGUAGAAGCUGCUACAAUGAAGGAAUACAGCUGGAGGCCUGUUAUUAAAUCAUUUUUUGACAAAGGAAUUCUAAAAGGUAAUUCCGAUCAACUUACUGGAUUACUGGACAUUGGAAAUUUCGAUGCGAAUCUGAAAUCAUUGAACAAUUUAUAUGAAACAUAUGUAUUAAGUGUUGGUGAAUUUGAUGAGAGGAUAUUUUUAGGUGAACAUGCAAAUGAACAAAUUGGCACAAAGAAAGUUUCGGGUGAAGAGAUAUCGCAAGUUAUUGCUAGUUUUGGACCGAGCGGGCGCGCGUGCCCGGACACGCCGCUGACGGGGCGCUGCUACCUGGCGGGGCGCGAGGCGCUGACGCCGGUGUCGGAGGCCACCAACAGCCUGGCGCGGCUGGCCGCAUACCUCAGGAACACUAAGCCUUUCCCAUCACCAUCGCUUAUGAGAUUAUUUGCUGAAUGUGGUGUGUCGGAAGAGAUGAUUAAUGAGAAAGUGAUAAAGCCCUGCAGCGGGUGGGCGGAGCAGUUCUCGCAGGGCUUGCGCGAGAGUAAAUGCAGCAAUGAGGCGAUUACAUUUCGUAAAAAUAUGGUCUUAUGCCUUUAUUUCAAAGUAUUUGAACACAUCAUCAGAGAAGAGCAUAGGAAAAAACCUCAAGUAUCCUUACAGAUGGUGGUGUCGCAGGCGACGUACCAGGUGACGGUGUUCGCGUGCUGCAGCGAGGUGGUGCUGCACGCGUACGGCGUGCACUCGCUGCGCUUCCCGCGCGUCCUGCACAUCCUCGGCCUCAGCGCCUUCCACUUCUACAAGAUCAUAGAGCUCGUCGUGCAGGCGCUCCUCGACAAGCUCAGCAGGGACGUCAUCAAACAUCUCAAUGCUGUGGAAGAGGAGGUAUUAGAAUCGCUUGUAUGGACGUCGGACAGUCCACUGUGGGAGCAGCUCGCCAAGACGCCGGUGCCCGCCUCUACUGAGGUCUAUGUUCAGGAGUCACCACUCUUCAGACGGAAUAUUGGUGUGAUAGAUCGUUACCUUUCACCUAUAGCGGAUCAAGCGAAAAAACAGCUGUUCAAAGACAAUAUUAAACCUGGCCAGUCACUUCUAGUCCAAACAAACACGACGGCGAAACAAGACACAGUGUGUGCUAGUCCCACGUCGAAUGGUGAUACCACACCCAACUCUACGCCCAAGAAAGCUCACAACUCUUUGAUACUCUUCUUUAGAAAGUUCUACAGUCUAGCGGUAGUCCGCAUGAUAGACUUGUGCACUCGGCUGCGGCUCACCGACGAGGAGCUGAAGCGCAAGAUCUGGACCUGUCUGGAGUACUCGGUGAUGCACCAGACACAGCUGAUGAAGGACAGGCAUCUUGAUCAGAUACUCAUGUGCGCUGUAUAUGUUAUUUGUAAGGUAUCAAAUAAUCCUAGUAAUCAAGUGGAGAGAACAUUCGCGGAUAUAAUGAAGUGUUACAGACAGAGGCCGUUGGCUGACAAUCAUGUAUAUAGAUCGGUUUUAAUUAAACAAAGUACAGGAGAUAAUUCACCCCAACGAGGAGACUUGAUCAAUUUCUACAACAAGGUGUAUGUGCUGUGCAUGCAGAGCUUUGCCCUGAGAUUUACUGGCAAACAUAAAGAUGAGUGCGGGCUGUCGCCGCUGCCGGCGGGGCGCGGGGACGCGGCGUGCUCGCCGGCCGGCCAGCGCGUGUCGGAGCGGCACCAGCUGUACGUGAAGCCGCUCACCACGCCGCCGCACACAGACCACCAUCUCACGUACCGCUUCAGCCGCAGCCCAGCAAAGGAUCUGCACGCGAUAAACACGUUGGUGUCGUGUGAGGUGGGCGGGGUGAAGCGGUGCGCGGAGGGCGGGGACGUGAUAAAGCGGCCGCGCUGCGCCGCGCCCGGCGUCGCGCGCAAGCUGCAGGGGCUCGUCAGCGACCGCCAGGCCGUGUAGGCAGGUAAAAUGAUCACAAGUGCCAGAUAGAUGGAACACAAUGGAUUUAAUAUUGUAGUCAUAUUUAUUUUAUAUUACCAAAAAAAAUAUCGCUUGUGCUCUCUAGACGAUUUUUAGUUUACGUUUCGAAAAACCUGACGAUUAAUGAGUUUGUAAAAUUAAAAUCAAUUGUUUGAGUCACAAGGAGUGCGGUCCCGAUAGUGACAAUAGUAAAUUGUACCAGAGUUCUGUGGCUCUAUGUUACCGAUCAAUUAUAAAUUUGGUCAAUUUUUUAUCGGACUCUGUAUUAACAGUAAAACUAUAGGCAAAAUCUUGACAAUAUGACAUAAAAAAUCAAUAACUAUAAAUAAUAGACAUAUAGCAUAUAUCAAAUUUUAAAAAAAUGUAUAAAAUCAGUUUUGAUUAUGUUUAAAAUUGAGUUUUAUUGUGUAUUAAAUUGGGACGGCACAAAUAAUAAAGUAAUAUUGAUCUCAUAUUUAUGGUGGGUUGUUAAUAUGCCAUAUAAAAACUUGCUCAUCAUUUAAGUAUGAUAUAUUUUUGGAUAUAUGGUAGUAUGAUGCACGAAUCUUAUAAAAAAGUUACAUCUUCAAAGAGAUAUAACUAUGUCCGAAGAAAAAGGUUACAUCACAGAUAAACCUCUUUGCAUUCAAUAGAAGGGUCUUAUUUAAUGCAAAUCAUUGUGGUCUUUAAAUUCAAUCUAAAUAAAGGCCUGAAUUUUUAUGUAGCUUGCUCCUUUAUUAGAAAAUGGAAAAUAUAUUGUUAAGUAAUCAUUUAUUAUGUAUUUCUUACAAAUUAUAAGCAAAUAAAGCUCUUAUUUGUUAUGGUUCAAGUUAA